CUCGUGAGCCUUUAAACAGAAACCAAAACUUGUGUAACAUUCUAAAAGGCCAGCACGAAGAAAUAGAGAGUGAUGGAGGCGGUACAUAGAAAUCUCUCACACGCCAUGCGUGACAAUUACAACGAACAUGGCGUUGACGAGUACUACCGAAAAGUGGCAGCAACAUAUCGCAAUCCUUUCUAUCCUGGUAUCAAAAAAGCUGUAUGGGCCUUGAUGAAUCGAUGGUGGGAAGCAGAGGGACGAGAUAUGUUCUCUCAAGAGGAAAAGAGGGGGCGGAAAAACUUGAAAGUACUCGAUAUGGCUGCUGGAAGUGGGGAAGGGACUCUAUGCUUGCUUGAAUGGGCGCGAACAGGCUCAACUAACGCCUCUGCAGAGGCUACUUCGUCUGCUUCACAACCCAGCUUGUCCGUUCCCGACCCCUUAGCCCUCUUACGCUCGACUGCGCCAUCUACAUCGGCUCGACAAGCGUUUGUCCCUCCCAAUGUCCGUCGCCCUGUUGUCCCCCCUCCGAAACCAACAGCAUCUGCCAAAGUCAGCUCCAGCGGAAACCAGGUGUUUGGGAGCAUGAUUCCAGCCAGAUUGCCCGAAGGUUUCGAAAUUGACGUUAUUGCCACAGACCCUUAUACUUCCCCUGCUUACACAGAACGCACUUCUAGGCCCUGCCAUUCUUUAUCGUUUACGGAUCUUGCUCAAGGUCUUCUGCCACCUACAAGUGCAAUGACUUCUCCCAGGUCUGAGGAUCCCAACAAUAACUCGGAGCCAAUUUGGGACAUCAUCAUUUGCUCUUUCGCUCUUCACUUAGUGACCAAUCCCUCAGAGUUGUUUGCUCUGCUUUUUGAGUUGAGUGGGAAAGCACGUUGGCUGAUAGUUGUUGCUCCUCAUAAGAAGCCAGAGAUAAAGGAGACAUGGGGCUGGGCUAGGUGGGAUAUCGCAUCCUGGACGGCCGCGGGUGAGGCACGUCUGUAUGGUGGUGGAAAGCCUAAAGGCGAUGGGGACGAUGGGGAGACGGAGUUGGAGAUUGUCCGGGACAAAGUGAAGCUACGUUUAUAUAGAAGCAAUGCGUUUUAAAGGUGCCCAAAAUAUAAUGGAUUGCGACAACACAAAUAUAUCAGCCUGCUGAAGCAUGGACGACAGCGUCCGCCGUUUUAUGGGCACUAUUUGACUGGGGUAUGCUAGCCGAUCAAGCAGCAAAUGCGGUGAUCUGACCAUAGGAAGAAAGAAAACACGUUGGAAUGCCGGUUCUGGCAGUGAUAACCAUAUCGUCGCUUCCAGCAUGCGUACAUUUGCCCCAACCAACGUGAUUUUUCCUUUUUCCGUUUAAUGCAAUUGAACAUUAGGGUUUGACGCGUCGAGAAGCCUCCGAGAAAUAAUUCACCGCGGACACGUCUGCAUUUAUUCUAAUCUGCUGAUUUUGAUAUUCCUUUUUCUUCGUUCUCUCU